CUCGCACACACCAAAAAGCCGCAGAGUUCAUCUAUAUACAACGCAAGCGCAUCGAUUCCGAUGGGUGAACCAAAAGCGCACCUUCCCCCGGCUUUCUCAGAUACCGCAAUCCGUGCUCUGUCAAUUGCUCUCGACCUCCCCGAGCCCGUAACCAUAUCCCGCCUAUCAGCCACCGCCGAAUACCAUGGCAUCUAUUUGCUUCGGUUUGAUGCAGGCAGCGUGGGGCGCAUUACGCCGCAGCUGCAAACUCGGGCGGUCGACGCCGAUGGCUCUGCCACUCUCGUUCUCCGCGUGUCGGGCCGACACUUGCCCAACCUGAAAACUCGCAACGAAGUUGGAUGUAUGGCUUGGGUGCGCUCCAACACAACUAUUCCCGUCCCGGCAGUUAUUCGUUACGAUUAUACCGAAGAUAACGCGCUCGGCCACGAGUUUACCCUUUUGGAAAAGGCCCCCGGCGUGAGCGUGGAUACCAUUUACGACACCCUUAACGAAGCCCAAAAGCGCCUGAUAGUUGAACAGUUAACCUGGUAUGUUAUACAGCUUUAUGACAAACGUUGGCACGAACCAUGUGUUGGCGGUCUGGUACCUGCGGCCAACGACGGUGCAGAGUCUGUGUCGAUGCCUGGCCCUUUAGUUGAGGAAACCUUUUGGCAGCAGCCCGAUAUCCACAAACUGUGGCCUCCUGGCGAAACUGUGCAUACGCUUAAUCCCACGCAGGCAUCGUUUCCUGGUUAUGUGGCAUAUGUAAUCGCGAGUAUUGAAUGUUACAUUUAUGCCAUUAACCGCCACGAUUCUCUUACGGCCUUCCGCGACCUUAUACCCAGACUUCAGGCCUUCGUCGGGACAGUUUCUGCGCCUGAACUGCGUAGCGAAUUGGAUAACGCCACCUACAUGGUCGCACAUAAGGAUAUGCAUUUUGCCAACAUCAUGUGCGACCCAACACACCCGGAUAAGAUGCCCAUUACCGCAGUUUUGGAUUGGGAGUUUUCGGGCAUCACACCAGCGAACCGAUGGAACCCGUCCCGCGCCUUUUUGUGGAAUGGGCAACAGAACGACGCUUCGAAACAGGAGAAGGAGCGGCUUUUCGAGCGCUUCAAAGAGCUGUUGAAGCAGCGCGCCCCGCAUAUCCUCAAUGAGAUGGAGCCCAACAAAAUGCAAGACAAAAUGCAGACGGUUCAAAGCUUCCUCAGGGCUAUUGUUGAAGUGUGUCCGCGCGGGCAAUGCGCGGACAAGGUGGGCUCGUGGCGCGCAACGAUAGAGGCCAGUCUGGAGGCAUUUGGUGUGUGAUUGCUGCAAGUUCAGACUGCAUCUAAUAACAUUUAGAGUCAGAAGUAUGGGCUUCCUUAGCAUCAUCGGUAGAGCAGGAGUGGUAAACAUGGUAGAAUAACGGAGUUAUUGAUAGGAAGGGGUGCCCAUAGCCCUAAUAACGGACUAGUGGACCAGCGAAGCAAUAUAGAUUUCUU